AUGAUCACGAAUCAAUCGACGACACCGACGACAGCGUUUUCUGGCAGUACCGCGUCCCGAAAUCAUUCUUCAUUGACUGUCAACUCAUCGAAUAAUAGCCAAAUCGAUGUGUUCUCAGGUGAUCAGCAAUAUGCCUGUAUUGCUAGGAACACCGCUAACGCUAUCACAUUCCGUGAAUCCUACAAACCGAACAGGUCGUCAUCAUCUCGGGUCGUUCUACCGUAUGUGACUCAGCACUCAGAUUCGGGGUUCGGUUCGGCACUGUCAUCCGGUUCGUCGUGCUCCUAUCUGCCUCCACCUCCACCGUAUCGUAUGCGAAGCAAGCAGCACAAAAUACAUCGCAGCUUCAGCGAUUCUAAAUAUUCAAUUGGUCAGCAAUCUGCUAUCGUUCCAAUUACGAACGUUCAACGACGUACACGUGGAACAAGAUGGAAUAGUCAGUGUAGUUUGAGUCCAUCCCCUUCUAUGUCAACUGUUUCCUGUCCAGAAUAUCCAGAAUUACAAGAGAAGUUGCAUCGCCUGGCUAUGGCCCGAGAUAGUCUUUCAUUACAGGUUUCGGUUCUAAGCGAGCAGGUGGGAGCUCAAAAGGAGAAGAUUCGAGAUUUGGAAGCCUUGCUGGCUGCAAAACGGAACAGCCUCACUUCUUCCGAGGAAUUGCUCCAAGGAAAAUACAACUAUGGCGGUGAAUGCUCAGACAUGGAGUCGAAGAAACUCAAUUUAAUGGCCGAAGUUUCAUGUCUGAAGCUCAAAUUCGCCGCCUUAGAACAGGAGAAAAGUGAGGCCGAGAGGAAACUCAAAAUGUCGCAGAAUGAAAUUGACCACGUUAAUCAGUCAAUUCACGGUAAAGCUGUCCAGAAGCCGUCGCGAUCGCAGACCAACGGAGGCAGUGAACGCUCAGCGUAUCUGCCGGCACUGCGAGAGAAUCGGCUCGAGAAGCAAGAUGAAGAGCUGGAGCAGUUACGACAUACGGUACAACGUUUGUUGGCUGAUAAUGAGCAAAAGAAUCACCAAAUCAAAAGCCUUCGUGAUGCCUUAGAACUUCGUUCCAGAUCUCAACAGGAGGAGUACUACGUGGUACCUCGCUAUGAACAAACGUCCUCCUACGAUUUGAACUCACAAAUACGUCGACUACUUCUGGAAGAACCUCCGGAGCCCAUGACUCACUCGACGUCAUAUCCCGUACGUCUCUGCUCAUCGCCUUACAAUCGGGGGACAAUACAGCCUUCGUCGUCGUUUACUUCUUCACUCUCAACUGCCUCAUCGUAUCAUAGCUGGUCGCAAGGGGCAAAUCGCCACUUAUAUCCAACUAUACCUGGACCAAGAAGUGAACGAAGCUGCCGAUCUCCGUCAUCGCCUGCUGCUCGUCAACUUGCUGCCGAAUUGGACGAAUUGCGUCGAUUAGGUAAUGAAACGCAAGGGAAUCAAAUUUAUUCAACGGCGAGCUUACCACGAGGAAUGGGUCAUAAGGCAUCGUCAACUUUGGCGCUUCCUACAAAAAAGUACUCGAUGACAACGGGAGGAUCGGCUGUGGAAUCAGAUGACGAAGUCGCCAGAGGUGGAAGAGGUACUGCCACAUCAUCACGUGCUUCCGAUGAAAAGCCUCUUAAACGAGAUCGAACACGAUCUUCCAUACGAAAUCUGUUCAUGAAGUUAACUCGAAGUACAUCGCAAGAUCAGAAUGGUGGUACGAUGCUCAAAAAAGGA